AUGGGGUGGAACGUCUUUCGCUAUUUGGCAGACAUAUCCCACCUCGUGUCGAUAUGUAUUCUGAUCUGGGCCAUUCAUAAGAACAAGAGUGCUGAGGGUGUUUCGCUCCUCACGCAGCUGCUCUACGGGCUUGUGUUCGUGACUCGGUAUCUGGAUAUAUUCAAGGGGUCAUCAUGGAAUUUUGGACAUGGAGCGUCGUUGUGGAAUAUCCUUUUCAAGUUGUUUUACCUGACCAGCUCUUUUUACGUUGUGUUCAUCAUGAUGAAGGUCUUCCCGAGGACACGCGAGAGAGAAAGAGCUUGGAAGCUUGGGAUCUACUCGGUGGCUGGAUCGCUGGUGCUGGCGCCGAUUGCGAUCGCUGUGUUGGAGCGUGGUUUCCCACCGGCUUGGUUCAUGGAGCUUUGCUGGGCGUUCUCUAUUAUCCUCGAAUCGGUCUGCGUACUCCCCCAGCUACUGCUCCUACGACAAACCACCGUGCCGACCGUGAUUGACUCCUAUUACCUCGCUGCGCUGGGGUCUUACCGAGCAUUCUACAUUCUGAACUGGCUGGUUCGCGGGUUCGGUAGCGAGCACUCCUGGGAUCUGAUUGCGUUCGUCUUCGGGCUUGUGCAGACUGCGUUCUACGUUGACUUUGCGUGGGUGUACUAUUCGCGCCAGCGAGUCAAGCUUCGUAACGGCGGGGUCGUUGAUUCGGAAGAUCUCCGCAAGAGUUGGCUGGUGAACCGUGUUCUCAACCUUCGAGGAGUGCGUGGCUCCACUGAUGAGGAACAGGGUCUCCAAGACGAUGUGGAAGGGGAUGAAAACCGACCUAGCAACAACCGGUGGGGCGCCCGUGGUGUCUCCAUUGCUGCGGAUGACACACUGGAUCAUCACCAGGCGCACGGGGACCAUCCCGACGAUUUUGCAGCUGCUCUAGGGGACGAUUCGGACGAGGAUCAUGAUCUUUCUAGUCCACGUCACCAGACCGCAUGA